AUGACCCUGCUGAAGCUGUCCCUCAUGGCCUUCAGCUUCGUCUUCUGGGCAGCGGGGCUGACCAUGCUCAUCAUCGGCCUCUGGGCCAAGGUGUCUCUGGGCAGUUACCUGGCGCUGUCGGCCAGCGACUACCCCAGCGCCCCCGCCAUCCUCUUGGCCACCGGCGUCGCUGUCAUCAUCUGGGGCUUCCUGGGAUGCUUCGGCGCCGCUACGGAGCACCGGGGACUCCUGCGCGCCUACAGCGCCUUUCUGGCCGCCGUGCUGGCGGCCGGGCUGGCGGCCGGGCUCUCGGCGCUCCUGUACCGCCAGACCCUGGAGCAGGGCUUCCAGGAGGGGCUGCGCCAGGCUCUGCUGGCGUACGGGGAGGACGACGGGGUGGCGGACGCCCUGGACGCGCUGCAGCGGGCCCUUUCCUGCUGCGGUGUGGAGAGCUACCGCGACUGGCUGGCCUCGCCCUGGGGGCUGGAGCAGAACGGCUCGGUGCCCCUCAGCUGCUGCCGGGCCCGCCGCGGCUGCCAGCGCAGCCCGCCCGACGCGCGCAGGCUGCACCGCGACGGCUGCUUCGGCAGGGUGACCGCCUUCGUCGGCAGCAACAUGUAUUAUGUCGCCACCGCUGCCCUGGGGCUGGCACUGCUGCAGCUCAUCGGUAUUGUGCUGGCCUGCCUGCUUGCUGCCCGCGUCCCUGCCCACUUGCUGGGCAUCACCACCACUCGCUGA